AUGGGGGAUAUAGCUACUGGUCAAACUGAGACAAAGAAGAGUAAUUCUUUGUCCUCCUUCAUGUGCAAUGGAUGGGUUAUUCUUCCUCUUUGCACUGCUGCUGUAGCUGUUGCACUUAUGAUAUACUUACCAUCAUACCUGCAAAUGAAAGGAAAAGAAGGUGAACCAACCAACCAUGUGCAUGUGCAUCCUGAAGACGUUAAACCUCCACAGGUUCCAUCACCCACCACUGCCAGUAAACCACUGGAUAUUUCAGAUUUAUCUGAAAUUGUUUCGAAAUUAAAGGAAUGCAAAUUUGAUCCCGGUCAAUGGGAAGAUCUUUGUCUGGAUAUUGGUCUUUAUGAAGUGACAAUAAGUACUAUACGAUCUGAUAGGAAUACAGCUAAUGACCGCCUCAGAUCUUGUUUGGUAAAAUGGCUGAACAGAGUUGAAGAUGUUGACAAGAAAGGAGGAGCAACGUGGGAGUCCUUGGAGAAUGGUCUCAUAAAUAUUGGACAAAAACCAGUUGCUGAAAGUAAA